AUGUCAAAGUUUAGAGGCUACAUAUCAGAUGCAUCAUUUAAUUCGCGAAAAGCAGUGGAAUUUUGGCCAAUUCACAUCACCGUUGGUCAGCUCGGACUAUUCCUGAAAAAUUUCGUCGUGCUGUGUUCCGAAUCAGACGCUAUAGCAAUAACAUCAAAAGCAAUUACAGCUGCUCGCACAAAGUAUACAUGGGAUGUUGAGGAACCAGUCUUCGAUACUCAUUUUCCUCAAAAGACUACUGACGUCAACAAGAAAGUCACAUCGCGUGGCACAGGUAUGUAUUAA